UCCACUAUAACGUCGCCACGACGGAUAUGGGAAUCACAAAGUUACGUCACUGGAACGUUAUGUGGUACGUCGCUGAGACCAAUAUGGUACUUUAUAGGAACGUCCUCAUAACGUGCCAGUUUGGUCGCUGGGACGUACUCCUCACGUUCCAGCGAUGUUCCACUAUAACGUCGCCACGACGGAUAUGGGAAUCACAAAGUUACGUCGCUGGAACGUUAUUUGGGAUGUCGCUGCAACGAAUAUGGUCUGGUCCAGUUACGUCGUCACAACGUAACUGUGUUAGCUGGGAUGUUUCUGAGGAGGCAUGUCACCCAACGUGCCACUGAAAGCAGCCUGCCUCAAUCAAUUAAAGAUGGCCUGGCUGCAGAGAUGGACCCCUUGAAUGAUCCAGAUGAUGACGAUGUCUCUCUAAUGUCUGACGAAACAUCUGCUGAGGAACCAUCUGUUCUCCAGAAUGAUGACGACCUUUCCCCUCCUGUACCUUGUACACCUACUGCGAAGAGACUAAAGAAAAGCAAAUCGGCUGAUGCCAUUGAAAUGGAAAAAUUGAAAAUUUUACAGCAGAUGUCAACUGCUUUUAAGGCUGGUAGAAGCAAACCUACUGCUGAUAGUGACGGCAACUUUGGGGCACAAGUAGCUGAGGAGUUGAGGUCAAUUAAAAACACUUUGGUAAAGACAAGAGUAAAGAGAAAAAUAAUGAAUGAUUUAUAUGAGGCUCAGGAGAAUGAUGCACAGGCAUCUAAGCUUGCACCUAGUUUUUACCCUGUACCACCCUCUGUACAUAUGCCCAACACACAACCAACCCUUCUACACACAUAUACAACUCCACAAGAACCACCGCACCACAUGCCUCUACCCAUAGGUACACAACUGCUGCCAAAUCAGUACCAGCUUCAAAAUAAUGAGACGCAUAGCUACAGGAGAAUGCUAGAAGACGAGUGAAUACAGAUUAAAGGGUAGAUUGUCAGUCAUGGUUCUCAAGGUUUACAACAACUACCUCUGUUUUUUGUGGUUAAUCAGAAAAACAAUGUGUUUGUGUCUUUUCAAAUGCAUCUUCAGUUAUAAGUGUGUACAUCCUUUAUUGAGGUCUUUGUUUUAUUUAUAUUUCGGCCUUUUUGUUAUAUCAAGGCCUUAAGUUGUAUUUUACCACAGUUGUGGGAGUCAUACACACCGCUAUUGUUUCAAAUGCUUAACCAUUUCACCGUAAGUGACAUGAACUAAUGUUUUAUUGGAUUGCUUAUAUCCUGAAGUAAAUAAUAAACAGUUAUU